AUGCCUGCUACACGUAAACACCUUCACAUUUCGAAACCCCGCCGUCGUCAACGUUCCGUGAGUCUUACCACUCGAGCUUCACGUUGUGGGGUAAAAAAUUAUAUUAACGUUCUCAAGAGUAUUCACCCUUCCGUUGAGACCUUUUUUCCGGUAACGAAGCAAUAUCUGCAAGAGUAUAUUGACGCAAAGAAGAAGCAGGGUACUAUCAAGGCGAACUCUUUGGACCAAUAUUUUCAACACAUUGAAAGUUAUAAUAUGGCUCUUGGUCAUGGUUGGGACUCUCAAGAAUUUGAACCCAUGAUGCGUGAUGUAUUGGAAGAAUUGGUUCAAAACGAGGAAAGGACCGGUCAACGAAAAACCACUUCAACAGCACCUGGUGACGAUGAUGAUGAAAGUUUGGGUCAGGAUGACAUAAACGAUUCGUCAUCAAUCCAAAUCGUUUGCUUUGACAUGUUACAUGUCCCUCCCGUUAAACUCGAGCGCAACGCGCGAAUUCCCAUGGUAACCAACGAUGAGACGAUGAUUUCCCUCCCUUAUUUACACAACGCAAUCGCAACCGCAAAGUUUCCAAAGAAAUGGGGAAAGGUUGAUAGAUCUAUGAUCUAUUAUCGAACCGAAACGUGGAAGGAUGCACCACAUUACGGGUUGUCUGAUGAAAAUGCCUUUAAGAAUUUCUGUGAAAGUUGGUCAAAUCAAAGAGAGGGUAGUGAAGUUCAAUUGGUUUUAUAUGCCAAGCCACGCAGCACGACUCCAGCCGCCACGAUCCAACCUUUGCAAUUGCCAUCGAAUAGUGAUUCGACUAUGAUUUCAUCAAAUAUUCCUUUGGCGCCUCUCACUCCUCGUAAAAGUCCACCUCGCUUACAACAAAUUCCUUCUCUCGAUUUUAGUCCAGGUCCAGAUAGCGCAACACCAUCACCGACCUUCAUACAACUCAAAUCCGUCACCAUCCGAUCACCCACCAGAAUCUACAAACAGAAUAUCGCCGUUUCAGACAAAACAACAUUUUCUUCACUUUUGUCUUUUGCUAUCAAGAAACCAGCACCACAAGGAAAGCAAUUUGUUUUACAAAGCGCAGAUGGGGAAUUGGAAUAUAUGCCGGAGGAUCCAGUUAGGAAAGUGAUUUACGGUUCACUUCAUGCGGAUGUGAUCGUAAAGAUGGAAGAUGUCAGGGAGGUUGACUUUGCACAAUUUUAG